AUGCCGAGCGUACCCUUGCAGAUCGCAAACCUGCGCAGUCUUGUUAUUGCCAAGACUGCUGUCUUGCCUGAGGAUAUCGCCAUACUGCUGUCUGAAUUGCCAUAUCUGGAGUCCUUGCAUGUGGGCCUGGCCUACAAAUGCCGGGCAACAAUCGAGUUUCUCAAGCGGCCUGAGUCCCUUCUUCGGUCCUUGGAAACUUCGAGUCAAACGAUCAAACACCUUUCUAUCAGCGUGGAGCUUCUCCCAUGUUGUAUAGCAAACUUCCGUCUGCGCUUGUCGGAUGAAGCUAGUAAGCCUUUUUGUGGCAUGUUGAAGAAGUUUCCCAACUUGAAAACGGCAUCUUUGCCGCUCAACUUCCUCGUUGGUUGGGGUGAAACGAUCUAUGACCUUCAAGAUGUACUGCCAUCAACUCUAGAAGCCCUUCACAUAAGGCCUGAUCUCUGGCCAGACACAGAGCUGAUGGAAUUCGAAAUGGCAGCACUUGGGGCGUUAGAAUCAUUCAUGAGACACAAAGAGGGUGGCUCCCAUCCCUCUCUUAGAACUUUCUCGUACGAAGGACUGCAUGCAUAUGAUGAGGAAGAACUCGAUGCUCUGGGCAUCCAGGUCCAGUUUAACUACUCCUAUUUGAUUAAGCGGGAAGCAAUGCAUCUGUUCUGUCUCAGGAGAGGCUACGACCUUUUUUCUCGAUAUUCUGACUGCACAACUGGUUUCAUGCUAAAGCAUGCGAUGUGGGAAGACAACGUCGCUUACUGGUUCCCUUGGCCGUUCGUUGGGCUCGAUGAGCUCCCAGCAAGCAUGCCGCGAGAGAUUAGAAUUAGGGACCGAAUUGAUGUAAACUCCUCUAACGGGACCUCUUCUGAUGGCAAUUGA